AUGGCUAGCUCAAACAACACCGCAAGCAUCCUGAGGCCCGUCAAAUUCCCGGGAGUCGACAAAAAGACAAAAGACAAGCCGGUCAAAAAAGUGCCCCGACAGGAUAGCCCUAGGGCAAAAGAUCCCCUCAACUUCACCUCGUAUCGUCCUGACCAGGAUCAUUGGUCAUGGAACAGCUUUCCGGAGAUCCUUUACCAGUUGAAGCCCACUGAGAAGAGAAAUAAGGGACUAGAUGCGCCUCUUUUGACCUACCAAAUCCACGGCGAAUACCUGCGAGACCUUCCCGUGCUCCCCGACAACAUUGCAUCUAACGUGGAGGAAUUCCGCGUCGAGGCCUGGAUGCGUCUCGAUAGACGUAUCCAAUUGAGGGAUAUCAAGGACAGAAUGCACAAGGAUUUCAGAGUCUCGGAGAAUACCCUGCAGCAACGAAUUGGCCGCUUCCGCCAGUACAUGAGAAUGGCAUCGACACCUCGCUCAAUUCAACUCGGGGUCAUCACGCCUGGACUCAUUGACCCCGUGCUUGGCGAAGCUGGGGGUAGAAUUGCCCUCCCUGCUGAGUACAAGCGACACGAAAGUGUUGAUGGGCGAGUAAGCACUUCAAAAGAUGGGAACAGCUUGGAGGAUUCAAAGGAAGGUGCUCCUCAGGAGCCUGUUCCGACCCAGGAGAAGAGAGUCUUCGCACGAGAUCCGGUGCCUCCCCUUCUGUUGGCUGCUUUCCGCAGGAGCGAGAGCCAUGGCCGGAAACUGCGCUUCCGGAGAACAUUCGCGGAUUAUUUAUCGACCAAAUGCUGCAGAGAUGCUUCAGAGGCGGUGUAUACUACUCCUCCAGACGAGACUCACACUUGUGACCAUCCCCAUCAUUCUCCUUUCUGGGAGGGUAAUCUUCCGCCUCUCCUUUUCCGUCUAGAUCCACCAGAAAACCGAGAACACGGCAUUAUAACAGAGCUCGAGGAGGAUGGGGCGAUCGUACGGGACCAGAAGGGAGCUUCCAUUCGCUAUUUCGAGUUCUUGCCACGUUAUAUAUCCAAUAACCCACCCACAUGGCUCAUCGAGUACUGGAUGCGCACCGACGCCCGCCUGACAUAUCGCGACAUCAAAGCGCGUAUGACCGCUCCCAGGGACCAACAGCCCACCGAGAACGCCCUGAAUAUGCGUCGCGAGAGAGAAGUUCGCAGUCCUCUGGGUCUUUCCUGCUGGGCCGCUCGUCGGGGCAGGACCAGUCGCGUCGCUCGCAUUGAUCUGGAACGCAUGGAGAGUUGGACCUACGAUCAGGUUCAUUUGAACACGACGAUGGAGAUCGAAUAUAGAUUUGAUAAAAAAGUCGGACAGCUGGUCCCCUGUCGCCUGCGGUCCAAGUCUCUCACAUCAGACUCUGAGACGACCGCAUACUAUCCUCUGAACCAUUUUCUCAAUGCAGAUGGUGCUCAUGUCCCCUCCGACAGGACUGUCACGGCUAUGGACACGUUUUUCGAAGUCUCUGAGAGAGCAAGGGCAAAGGGGUUGGAUUCUUGGCGGCGUCUCCCUGCUGAAGAUAUUCCCGUCAAUUGGAGGGAGUAUCAAGAAAAGCCGAGGCCCGUUAGUGCCAGAAUCGUUGAGGACAAGGAUGAGGCUGCUGGGCCUGUUGGGCCUGCUGAUACAUCCUCCCACGAGAAAGCGGAUUACGAAGAAUCCGAGUAA